AUGUCUACGUCAGAAGGUCAUGGCGCAGCUCAGCUCGAUCCUACUGCGGUUUUGACCGAAGGUAUGGGCUCGAUGAAUGUCGGCCACGAUUCUCAGCCCAAAACAGAGGAAGAAUACGGCCAGUCACAAUUGACCAUCCGAGCCAUCGUUUCCUCUCGAGAAGCUGGUGUAAUUAUCGGCAAAGCUGGCAAGAAUGUGGCCGAUCUUCGAGAUGAGACAGGCGUGAAAGCUGGAGUAUCCAAGGUCGUUCAAGGUGUUCACGAACGCGUCCUGACCGUCACUGGCGCCCUAUCUGGUAUUUCCAAGGCAUAUUCCAUCGUCGCAAAGGGCUUGCUCGAGGGAGCUCCUUCUAUGGGUAUGGGUGGUGCUGUUCAGAACAAUGGUACCCACCCCAUUCGACUCCUGAUCUCUCAUAACCAGAUGGGCACUAUCAUCGGCCGACAAGGUCUGAAGAUCAAGCAAAUUCAAGACGCUUCAAGCGUCCGCAUGGUUGCUCAGAAGGAGAUGUUACCACAAUCCACCGAACGUAUUGUUGAGGUUCAAGGUACACCUGAAGGCAUCGAGAAGGCUGUAUGGGAGAUCGGCAAAUGCCUCGUGGAUGAUUGGCAACGUGGAACUGGCACAGUGCUCUACAAUCCUGUUGUUCGUGUCCAAGCUGGUGCUGCUGGCCUUCCUGGCCCUCCCACGGGCCUUCCUCCUGCAACUGGUGGAUAUGGCAACCGUUCUUACAACAGAACUGGAAACGGAGCUGAUUUCAGUGAUUCUCGACCAUAUCGAUCCGGUGGUGGAGACGGUCCUCCCAUCAGAAACAGUGGCAUCCCGGCAGUUACCGAAGACGGUGAGGAGGUUCAGACCCAGAACAUCAGCAUUCCUGCCGAUAUGGUUGGCUGUAUCAUCGGACGAGGCGGUUCUAAGAUCAGCGACAUUCGCAAGACCUCAGGUGCUCGAAUUUCUAUUGCCAAAGCACCUCAUGACGACUCUGGCGAACGAAUGUUCACCAUCAUGGGAAGUGCAACUGCUAACGAGAAGGCUCUCUAUCUUCUAUAUGAGAACCUCGAAGCUGAAAAGUCUCGUCGACAGGGCAUGUCUUCCGAAUCGACCUAG